AUGAACAAUAAACUCCCACCCUCAUUUCGCAUUGACAUGGAUGACAAGAAGGCCUGGAGUCCCGAGUCUUCAUCCGAACCGUCGGCUUUCGAGGGCGACAUGCAUCAAGUGAAAAGAACAUUUACACGACGGCUUACAGAGAGCUUCAAACGAGACCCAAACGCCAGCGUCACCCGGUCAUCUAUCAGCGCAGGCGACAAUCACCAUCAUUAUGAUGCCGAGGCUGCGGCGCAGGCGACUGCCAUGUCGCCCUUACUGCGUAGACUCAAGGGUCGACACCUACAGAUGAUAGCGAUCGGCGGCAGUAUAGGCACCGGCCUGUUUGUUUCAAGCGGCAGAGCUCUGGCAUAUGGAGGUCCUGCGUCAUUAUUGAUUGCAUUCACCCUGACAGGGUGUAUGUUGUACUGCACGGUACAAGCGCUGGGCGAACUAGCCGUGUUGUUCCCAGUCGCAGGCUCCUUCGCGGCAUACUCGACUCGCUUUCUCGACCCAGCGUGGGGAUUCGCCAUGGGCUGGAAUUAUGCGAUGCAGUGGCUUGUUGUGCUCCCAUUGGAAAUCGUGUCGGCCUCCAUCACGGUCGACUACUGGAUACAAAACGUUAGCUUAAAUGCUGCAUGGGUGGCCAUCUUCCUCGUCAUGAUCGCCGUCAUCAAUUUCUUCGGGGUAAAAGCAUACGGCGAGGCUGAAUUUGUCUUUUCCGUCAUCAAAGUCACAGCAGUGAUAGGAUACAUUUUGCUCGGUGUUCUCGUUAACAUCAUGGGUGGUGUUGACAGCAACGGCCGCGCUGAUGGCAGUUACAUGGGCUUUCGCCUCUGGCACCAUCCAGGCGCCUUCCAUAAUGGCUUCAAAGGCUUGUGCAGUACUUUUGUAACAGCAGCCUUCGCUUUCGCAGGCACUGAGCUAGUUGGUUUGGCUGCCGCAGAAACAGAGAACCCGAGGAAGACUCUACCUACAGCAAUCAAGCAGGUAUUUUGGCGAAUCACACUCUUCUAUAUCGUCAGUCUAUUGAUUGUCGGCACACUGGUCCCCUAUGAUGACCCACGUCUCCUGAACGGCCAAAGCAACGCCGAUACCAAAGCCUCGCCCUUCGUCAUAUCGAUCCAAAAUGCCGGUCUCGCCGUCCUUCCGUCCGUGAUGAACGUAGUGAUAAUGAUCUCGGUCCUCUCGGUCGGCAACUCCAGCAUCUACGGGUCUUCACGCACAUUAGCCGCGCUCGCCGAACAACGUCAAGCACCCUCUUUCCUCGCAUACAUCGAUCGCAAAGGCCGGCCCCUCUACGCCAUCAUUAUCUCCACGGCCCUGGGUUUCCUCGCCUUCCUCGCGGCCUCGGCCAAGCAACAGGACGCAUUCAACUGGAUGCUCGCGCUCUCGGGCCUCUCGUCCAUCUUCACGUGGGGCAGCAUCUGCCUGGCCCACAUCCGCUUCCGCAAGGCGUGGAUCGAACAGGGCCACACGCUCGACGAGCUCGCCUUCCGCAGCCCCGUGGGCGUCGUGGGCUCCUGGAUCGGCCUGGGGUUCAACAUCAUCGUGCUCAUUGCGCAGUUCUGGACAGGCUUCAGCCCCGUGGGCUACGCGAGCGAGAGCGCCUCCGAUCUCGUCAUCAACUUCUUCCAGGCCUACCUGGCCGCCCCCGUCGUCGUCAUCAUGUACAUCGGCUACAAAGUGUACAUGCGCACGAGCAUCAUCAAGACAAGAGACAUGGAUCUCUUCACGGGGAAACGCGAGAUGAACGUCAAGAGUCUCGUCGCCGAGGAGAGGGCCGACCGACUUAACUGGCCUACUUGGAAGAAGGUUUAUAAAUUUCUUUGCUGA